AGCCUUUUGGCUCCGGCACGCUUCCGCGCGGCCGAUUUUUUCGAUUAGACAAGCUUGUCAUAAUUUUAAGACAUGCCUGCCAUGUCCAAGAUCUCCACUGCUGCCGGCGCAGGCGCCGCCUUGAUGGCGGCCUCUGCCUUCGUAGCACCUGCAGGCGCACCCAGACAAGCUCUGAGGGGCACCUCCAGUGUGGAGCAGAGGUCCACAGGAACCCUGGGCGCGGUUGGGGCUGUGGGCGUCGCUGGCCUCGUAGCCAUGUCUGUGGCCCGGCCCAGCACCAGAGCUGCAGUGGUGCGUUGUGCCUACGAUGCCUCCAACGAGAUCGGGGCCUGUGACCCACUUCUGUUCUGGGAUCCUAUUGGCUACUGUGGCGGCGACUGCACCAAAGAGGAUUUCGACCGCCGACGGGCUGUAGAGUUGAAGCAUGGCAGGAUUUGCAUGUUCGCGACCAUCGGCAUGCUUUGGCCUGACAUCUUCGGCAAGUUUGAUGGUUACCUGUCACCUUCUCAGAACUUAAAGUUCGCAGAUGUGCCCUCAGGCCUUGCAGCCAUCAGCAAGGUCCCCCUGGAGGGGUGGCUGCAGGUGCUCCUGGUGGCUGGGCUCAUCGAGACUCAACUCUUUAAGGAUCAGUCCUUUGGUGGCUUUGCCUAUGCCAAGUAUGGUGAGCCUGGCAACUUCGGCACCGGCUACUGGGGUCGAAAGAUCCAGGACCCAGCAGAGCGCCGUUUGAAGCUCACCACAGAGCUGAACAAUGGACGCUUGGCGAUGGUCGCCAUGACAGCGAUGCUUAUCCAGAACGGUCUCACUGGACAGUCACCUGUGGAGCAGCUGACCUCUGGGCACAUCUCGCCCUUCAAUGAUGGCCAGGGCUUCUUUGCACAGUUCGACGCGUCCAAGGAGCUGGGAGCUUGCCCUCCUUUGGGCUAUUGGGAUCCCUUCGGCAUGAUGGCUUUCCAGGAUGAGGAGAAGUUCCGCCGCAACC